AUGAAGCUCUCGCCCCUGCUCGGCCUCGCCGUGGGCAGCCUGGCUGGUCUAGGAUCCGCGACGCACCCGCAGCCCAGGAACUUCGCCGCCAACGACUACUACGUUCUGCAUCUCGACCGCGCCGUACAGCCCGAACAGAUUGCUUCGAGAUUGGGUCUCAGGCACGAGGGAACUCUGGGCGAGCUCGCCGGUCAUCACCUGUUCUCGGCGCGGAAGCAGGAGGAGGACAUCGUCAGGCGGGAGCUGCAGGAAAGGAAGCGGAAGAGAUCCCUCGGCGGCCAAGACCAUCUCGACUUUGUCAGGUUUGCGCAGAAGCAGAAACUGCACGAGCCCCUGAAGAAGAGGAUCAUCCCGCCGAAGCCAGCUGGGUUCUACCCCCUCGAGCCCCGGCAACAGGCCGAUGCCAAUGCAGUCAUCAGGCAGCAGGCUGUCAUGCAGCAGCUCGGGAUAUCCGAUCCCAUCUUCCACGAGCAGUGGCACCUGUUCAACCCCGUUCAGCUGGGUCACGACGUCAACGUCACCGAUGUCUGGCUAUCGGGCAUCACCGGCAAGAACGCCACCGUUGCGAUUGUCGACGACGGCCUCGACAUGUACAGUGGUGACCUGGCGCCGAAUUAUUACGCCGAGGGCAGUUACGACUUCAACGACCAGUCGCCCGAGCCCAAACCCCGGCUGAGCGAUGACAAGCACGGAACCCGUUGCGCUGGCGAAGUCUCCGCUGCCAAGAACGACGUCUGCGGCAUUGGUGUCGCUUACGAUUCCAAGAUUGCCGGCAUCCGUAUUCUCAGCAAGCUGAUCACCGACGCCGAUGAGGCUGUUGCCAUGAACUACGACUUCCAACACAACCAGAUCUACUCGUGCUCCUGGGGUCCCCCGGACGACGGUCUCACCAUGGACGCACCGGGCAUCCUCAUCAAGCGUGCCAUGCUCAACGGUAUUCAGAAUGGCCGCGGGUCUCGCGGUUCGAUCUUCGUGUUCGCCAGUGGCAACGGCGCGGCCAACGAUGACAACUGCAACUUUGACGGAUACACCAACUCCAUCUACAGCAUCACGGUCGGCGCUGUGGAUAGAAAGGGCCAGCAUCCGUACUACUCGGAGAAAUGCUCCGCGCAGCUCGUUGUGACCUACAGCAGCGGCAGCGGCGAUGCCAUCCACACCACCGACGUCGGAGCCAACGCUUGCUACACCGGCCAUGGCGGUACCUCGGCUGCUGCCCCCCUGGCUGCUGGCAUAUUUGCUCUUGCUCUUGAAAUCCGCCCGGAUCUGAGCUGGCGCGACAUGCAGUACAUCGCGAUUGAGAGCGCGGUCCCGAUCGACCUCGACACCGAGGAGUGGCAAGACACCGCCGCGGGCAAGAAGUUCAGCCACACUUUUGGCUAUGGCAAGGUCGACAGCUGGAAGUUGGUUGAGGUGGCCAAGACGUGGCAGAAUGUCAAGCCCCAGUCUUGGUUCUUCUCUCCGUGGGUCCACGUCCAUCACGAGAUCCCUCAAGGUGACCUGGGCCUGAAGUCCACGUUCGAGGUGACUGCAGACAUGCUAAAGGAGGCCAACCUGGAGACCCUUGAGCAUGUGACCGUGACCAUGAACGUUGAGCACGCCCGCCGCGGUGAUCUCAGUGUUGAUCUCAUCAGUCCCAGUGGCGUCGUCAGCCAUAUUGCCACCAGCCGCAAGCACGAUGCGAGCAAAGAUGGAUAUGCCGACUGGACGUUCAUGAGCGUGGCGCAUUGGGGCGAGAAGGGCGUUGGCACUUGGACAGUCAUUGUCAAGGAUACCAAGGUUGACACCAACAAGGGCACCUUUACCGAUUGGCACUUGAAGCUAUGGGGAACGACGAUUGAUGCCUCCAAGGCCAAGCUCCUCCCCAUGCCUACCGACGAGGACGACGACAACCACGACGACGUCUCGACCACUACCAUCCCACCGUCCACUACCACUCUGCCUCCUGGCGCUGCCGAUACUAACACAUUGCUUCACCCCACAGAGUUGCCUACAGAUCAUCCCGACAGGCCAUCCAAAAAGCCAACUACCACCGGGGCUGACGGCCUCCCUGUCUCCACCGGCACACAAGAAGAGGCCGCCGCGUCGACGAGCGCCAGCUCCUGGCUCCCGUCCUUCCUCCCGACCUUUGGCGCCGCCCCCCACACGCUCGCCUGGAUCUACGGCGCCAUGGGGCUCAUCGUGCUGUUCGUCUGCGGCCUCGGCGCCUGGUGGUGGAUCGUCCGCCGCCGCCGCCUGCGCAACAGCCCCCGCGACGCCUACGAGUUCGAACUCCUCAACGAGGAGGAGGCCGAGGGCCUGGCCGGCGGCGUUGAGAAGAACAAGCGCAGGCGCGGCGGCGAGCUGUACGACGCCUUCGCGGGCGGCAGCGACGACGAAGACGACGGCGAGGACGAUGAUGAUGAUCACGUGCGCCGCGGUGCUGCUGCGGCGCGGCGGAGCAUCGGUAGUGACAGCGACGAAGAGGUCGACGAGAAGCAGAGCUCGCGGCUGUUGAGCCACGGCCGGUAG